AUGAGUAAAAGACAAAUUGAGUCAGACUCAGAUAUAGAUGUUAGCUCAACAGAUGAGUCAGAUACUGAGCAACAACAACAAAAUGAUGUUGAUAUGGAUACAGUGAAUGUCGAUUUUGAUUUUUUUGAUUUAAAUCCUGAAAUUGAUUUUCAUGCCACCAAAAACUUUUUAAGACAAUUAUUUGGAGAUGAUCAUAAUGAAUUUGAUAUAAGUGGAUUAUCUGAUUUAAUUCUAACUAAAAAUUCAGUUGGAACAUCUAUAAAAACGGAAGGAAAAGAAAGUGAUCCAUUUGCACUUUUAAGUGUAGUUAAUAUAACUAAUAAUUUAUCACAACCAAGUAUAAAGAAAGUAAUAGAUUAUGUAUUAAAACAAACCAAAAAUCAAUUGGAAUUUAAUUUGACUUUAAAAAAAUUAUUGCAACCAAAAGAUAAGAAAAAUUCAAGAGUUGGGUUGAUUAUAAGUGAAAGAUUGAUAAAUAUGCCAAUUGAAGUUGUACCACCAAUGUAUAGAAUGUUACUAGAAGAAAUGCAAAAAUCAGAAGAUGCAAAUGAAAAAUAUGAGUUUGAUUAUUUUUUGAUCAUUUCAAAAGUUUAUCAGCUAGUUGAUGCUAUUGAAAAAGAUGACGAAGAUGAUGAUAAAAAUAAAAAGAAAAGAAAAACUCCAAAAGAUGAACCAAAAAUAAAAGAAUUAGAUUAUUUCCAUUUAGAAGAUCAAAUAUUAGAAAAAAAUGCUCUUUAUAAAGGGGUUUUUGAUUAUAACAAUAAGAAUAAACAGGAAACGGAUUCAAGAAGAGUGUUUACUGAGUACGGAAUUGAUCCUAAAAUAAGUAUAAUAUUAAUAAGUAAAGACAAAUUAGCGGUUUCAGUGAAAGAAAUGGCAGAAGAAUUUCCAGCUCCUUAA